UUCGCUCACAUUAGUGGAUUAGAAAACCACUAUGUUGGUGAGUGUUUUAAAAUACUCGGACAGAUGCCGACAGCUACAGGACGCUACAAGCGCUGCGAUCUCAGCGGAGGGUACAGAUGCUGAUAUACUUACACAAACAUUGGCGUGAGGGGAUUAUCGCCAGAGGAUGAUACGGAAAUGAAUCCCCUCCCUACACGGACAAAGUGUGAAGUUACACGCGCGGGAUAGACGUAGAAGGAUAUACUAUAAUGAAGGAAUCGGUAUUAACUUGUUUUUGUGAACUUUGGAUCUUUUUGUGAUUACUUCAGUACAUCAAAUUGAGGUGACAGUGCAAUAAUCUUUAAAAGCUACUUAAUGAUAAAUUGACAUUACGGUCUAAAUUUGAACGAAAUCCUGGUGACAUUAACAGGAGAAAAUGAAUAGGAUACGCAUUGCUGUUUGGGAGUUUAAUAAUCUGAAUAUCUAAAUGUAUGAAUUAAUGUUAUGAUGCAAAACUAAUAUUGAAUUGCAUGGACAUUCAGGAUAUAACGCGCUUUAUGCUAUAUUUAGAAACACGAGACUAUUGAGUUUCAAUAGGUUAUAGAUAUCGGACGCUCUUGCUGACGACAGCGAUUUGUGCGGUGACCUGGUCCCAAGUACCACUCGGGGAUUCACCAAUGGUGUACAACAUCCCACUUUGUUACUGAGCCGGAAGGUCAUUCGCCGCCACACCACCCUAGCCACUAGGGGGCGGUAUUCAUGUGACAGUAGUCGGAGACUAAUUAUACCAGUCACUGUUCCACGAUAAGGGGCGUUUUCUAUGUUACCAUGGUUUAUUUCUUAUUCAGAUCUAUCCAUAGAAUCGUUUAGAUAGAUUGAAUGAUACCUGUAUUCUGAUUUGACACUGAUUUGAGUUGACGCUACAAAACGCCAUGACGUCAUUAAUAGGUUGGAUUGCUAUCAUUACGGCGCUAAGCUAUGGGACUACAGCAGGUAUAGUGAUGCCGAACUACACCUACGUUAACGAAGAGGAGCGUCUAAUCUCCCACCUUCUCGACAAAUACGACAAGCGCAUCCGUCCAGUGAAUGUCACAUCCAAGAUGAUCAUCGUGGCCGUAGGUCUUGCAAUCACAGACGUCGUCGACCUGCACGAGAAGGAUGAAGUGUUUGAGACAGGCGCCCUAUUGCGAGAAAUGUGGGAAGACAUGCGUUUCCGAUGGGAGCCUUCAAAAUACGGAGGGAUAGCUACAAUACAUAUUCCAUCAGCGAGCGUUUGGAAACCGGAUGUUGUUCUUCUAAACAAUGCCGAUACAGACGUGGAGACAUUCGAUCCUUUGGUUGUAGUUUUCCAUACAGGAACUGUUAUAUAUAUCCCAAAAGUGCGUCUCAGGGCAAAGUGUCCCAUGGAUAUGACAAAAUUCCCAAUGGACAGACAGACAUGUCGGAUACAGUUCGGAUCUUGGACAUAUGACGUCACACAUGUCAAUAUCACACAUUUUACAUCAGAGGAAAACGGUCUGGAUAUACGUGACGCUAAGCCAAGUAAAGAAUGGAGAAUUGUGACCACUACAACAAAGCGAAUCGACCACAAAAACGAUUUUGGGAACGAGAUCUAUCCCUUAAUGGAAUAUUCAUUUAUUCUACAGAGGAAUUCCGUGUACUACACGCAGGUCUUCAUACUUCCGGCUGUUCUACUGGCGGUGCUCGUGCCCUUCACAUUUCUACUUCCGCCGGAAUCAAGGGAGAGGAUCACAUUAGGUUCAGUAUUAUUGCUCUGUAUCCUUGUCCUGUUGAUGAUGCUGCAGCAAUUCCUGCCCGAAUCACAUCCAAACAUUCCCACUAUUGCUAGCUACUACAUUGUGACGAUCAUCUGGAUCACACUCUCUCUGCUGACGUCAAUAUUUAUAAUUAAUAUACAGUCCCGAGGACCGAGGAAGAAAAAGGUUCCCAGCUAUCUCAGACAGCUUUUCCUGCGCGGACUGAAGAGGGUGGUAUGUUUGGGAGAUGACACUUACUAUCCACUAGAUGAACUAGAGACUGUAUCAAUGCGCGGACUCGACCGGACCAUGGACGGCAUUGUUCGACAGGAAAACACUACGCAGUCAAAGAUGGAGCGUGAUGUAGAGGAAAUAUUACGUCAUCUUCAUACGCUUACUAUACGAAGUACCGUCCUGGAAGCUAGGCACGAGAUCAGAAACGAAUGGCACCAGGUGGCACUGGUCCUUGACCGGAUCUUCUUCUUCCUCUUUAUAUUGACAUUCCUUCUGUACACAUUUGUACUUCUCGCUUAAGAUGGAAAGAAAAAACCAUGGACUUGAAGACGCAUGUACCAUGUAUGAAAUCCGGCGCCACUUACAAAAGAACGAAAGAUAUUAGGGGAUCUGAUAUUCAUUUACAUAUUGGGAACGGGAAAUAUCAGCGUUCUUUAUAGAAACAGAAAGCUAUUAACAUGCAUGAAUAUGCAUUUAUAUCUUAAGAUAGUGUGCUUACAACAAUCGAAUUCGUCUGGACAGACACAAAAGGAACAAAAUGCAAUAUUCAAACAAUAUUCCCUCUGGUAUUAGAUGGAUUUUUAUGGAAUGGACAUCUUCGACCGAUCACUUGUGGAAAACGCAAUAAAUCGUUUGGGGAAGCAUACUGAGAUAAUAUUUCACGAUCCGAGGUAAUUUAGCGUGAAAAGUCAGUGGUCAUGCGAUGCAAUGGUGUGGACAAAUAACAAGUCAAUGUCUGUGGCUGAUAUCAGCUGUUGUUUCUAUUGAUAUGUGGUAAAUACCUGAAUCAACCUUUGUUACUAAUGGUUGAUGGGUGUGGUACUUAGAUGUCAGCAGUAAUUUCUAACGGUUUUUGUUUCUGAUGGUUUUUGAUAGAUAUUCGCUGUUGUUUAUAAUGGGUUUUUCAUUAUAGAAAUCGGCGUCGGCGGUGGUUUCUGAUGGUUUAUGGUUGAAGUAAGCAGUUGGUUGUGAUGGUCUGUGGUAGAUGUCAACGGUUGUUUCUGAUGGUUUGUGACAAAUUCUAGAGAUCAUCUGUGACAGGUAUUUCUGAUGGUCUGUAGAUUUCAGUAGUUGCUAUCAGUGGUCUGUGAGAGAUAUCAGCGACCAUAACUGAAGGUUUCUGGUAGAUAUCAGAAGUUGUUAUUGAUGGUAUGUGACAGACAUCAGCGACCGUAACUGAAGAUUUCUGGUAGAUAUCAGAAGUUGUUAUCGAUUGUCAAUGGCAGAUAUCAGCAACCGUAACUGAAGGUUUCUGGUAGAUAUCAGAAGUUGUUAUCGAUGGUCUGUGGCAGAUGUCAGCGACCGUAACUGAGGGUUUCUGGUAGAUAUCAAAAGUUGUUAUCGAUGGUCUGUGGCAGAUGUCAGCGACCGUAACUGAGGGUUUCUGGUAGAUAUCAGAAGUUGUUAUCGAUGGUAUGUGACAGACAUCAGCGACCGUAACUGAGGGUUUCUGGUAGAUAUCAGAAGUUGUUAUCGAUGGUAUGUGGCAGAUGUUUGCGUUUGUACCGAUGGUCUGUUGUAGAUAACAGUGCUUCGAUGAUUCGGUAAUCACAUUACAAAGCACACAUGAUGACACAAUCACACAAUGUUGUCUGGCUUUGUUUUACAGAAAUCAUGGGACAAUACUUUAUAAAGAAUAUAAAAAGAUGUGCGUCAGACAUUAUACAGAAAUCAUGGGACAAUACUUUAUAAAGAAUAUAAAAAGCUGUGCGUCAGACAUUAUAUAGAAAUCAUGGGACACCCUUUAUAAAGAAUAUAAAAAGCUGUGCGUCAGACAUUAUAUAGAAAUCAUGGGACACCCUUUAUAAAGAAUAUAAAAAGCUGUGCGUCAGACAUUAUAUAGAAAUCAUGGGACACCCUUUAUAAAGAAUAUAAAAAGCCGUGCGUCAGACAUUGGUUGGUUUUAUCGGGUAAAUUGUUGAUAUAUCAUGUAUUACUUUUGAUAUCUUUCCCGUUUUAUAAUUCUUUUGAAUGUUUUGUAUUAUGGUGUAUAUUAACGAUGUAAUAUUAAGAUAGAAUUAUUGUAUAUACUGUUACAAAAACAUUUGUAUCGUGGUGUUUUUGUGAAUAGUUCGAAAUAUAAUAUGAAAAUUGCUUAUCAUUUUAUGUUGUUGCGUUUAUGUUACAUUUGAUUAAAGAUACUGGUGGCUGAAAUUAUUCACCAGAUCACAUAAGGGCAAUGUUGGGUGUUGUAGCCAUGCUCGUUCUGAUAUUAACGCUAAUCCAAUACUCCUUGAAAUAUUUUAGUUUCUUAACGUAAUACCUUCCAAUAUAACACUCAUGUUGAUUCAUACCACGUGGUUCUAUUUUUAGUGUUCUUUCUACAAAUUAACAGAAUUAAAGGAAUAACAACAAAUAUUAACCGAGCGAAUCGUGAUUGAAGUAAGGUUAAGGAGUGAACGGUUUUAGGAAAUUGGACAGGUUUGGGAUUUUCAGAUUGACGAUAGUAUUUUGUUAUUGUUUUCUUAAUGUCUUCUUAUCAUUGAAUGUGUUGACGUGCCAACUAUUUCAGGAACCUCGUAUUUUAAUACUCGAUAGAGAAUUCAUUUACAAUAUCUAGUGUUAACUCACACUCGUAUAGUAAUAAUUAAAGAAACCACAGUGGUGUAAUACGAUAUUGAUUUGUCAAAAUAGCAGCUUCGAACAAGUUCAGUUGAUGGAAUUUUCUACACGAGUCUGGAUCUACUUCUGUUUAAAACUUUGUCUCUUCCCCGGCAAUGCAGGUGGUACAUUUUAUAUAUGAUUUAGUGAGAAAAAAUACCUGUCAAAAAAUCUUUGGAAUAAAAUGGUAAUAACUAA